AUGCAUGAGAUUCAUGAUGCUGAUGAUGAUAUGAUAGUGAUGAUGGAUAUUAUACAUGAUAUCCCGAAAGAUAUUAUGAGUGAUAUUACACAUAUUAACGUUGUCUCGAUGGAGGUGAAGGACAUAAUAACGAAUGAGGCAAUUGAUGAUAUUCAUGACUUGCUUGGUGGAGGGUUCGAACCAAAGGAGAUGAAAGAGUUGUGUAUGGAGUAUGAGGGAGAAUUUUCUUCUUUGGAUGUAAAUGUUGUGAAUAAUGUCAAGAAUAUUAAGAUGAUGCUUUUAGCACUAGAAUAUGAGAGGCAACAUGGAAUAUAUUUUUAG